AGAUCAAAUAAUUAUGAUUGGCUAAUUUAGUUUAGUUUCGUGGUCGCGAGGCAGUAGAUUGUUUGCUGAUCGUCCCUAUAGAGUAUAGACUGAAACCACCGGAAGACGACGGUACGAACCGUUAAUUAACAGCCGUCAAAAGACGUGACGAAAAAUUCCUCAGCGUUUCUUUUCAGUUUCCUUUAAGCUCUCGAUUGUGUUUGUUUAGGUAACGAGAAAAAAGCGAGACAAACGAAAAAGGUUUUACUUUUUUUUUCUUCAUCUGUGUGUAUUUUCAUUUUCUGGGUUUUAAGGGUUUCGCUUGCAAAGUCGAGAGCUUUUUAUCUGGGUGUGUUAUAAUGGCGGGUGAUUGUGCGAUUGACACCGAGAAAUACUCUCUGCUGGAGGAUUUUAAUGUCGAUGUUGAAGUCGAAAACAAAGCAUUUGAGACUUUCUCACUUUGUUUUUGGGUUUAUCUCUUAGAUUCCACCACAUACCCUUCUGCAAUUAUCAGACAGGUUCACUCUGACAUGAGUGUUAGUGCACCUUUCCUUGUUCUAGAUGAAAACAAGAAGAUGAUGCUUUUGCCAUUGACUCUCCUUCACAGGGAAGCUCCUGAUCCUGUUAACACUUCUUCUUGGACUGAAGUUCCUAAUGUUUCUACAACGGCUAAGUUUCCUCUUCAAAAAUGGGUUCAUGUGGGUUGUGAGGUUUCUAGAAACUAUAUGCGCCUUUAUAUUUGUGGAGAGCUUGUAGGAGAGCAAGUCUUAACUUCCUUGAUGACCAAUGGUACAAAUUCAGAUUGCGCACGAAAGAUAUCGUUAUUUAGUGUUGGUGGAGAUGGUUAUAGUGUUCAGGGUUUCAUCCACAGUGCAGAAGUUUUGCCUUCUAAUCUCUCUGCAAGUUAUCACUACACAAAGGACCCACCUUUAUGGUUAUCUGUUGAUAAGCCAUCUACAUCUGGAAUUGAAUUGGAUGAAGAUGGUGUUUGGAGUGUCGUUAGUGGAACAUUUUGUUCCUUGGAUGUUGUUUUAACCAAUGCUAUUGGACAGCCUGUGCACAAGGAUGUGAAGGUUGUGGCUUCUCUACUGUAUGCUGAUAGUGGGACGCAUGUUGAGAAGAGGAGUGACUUUGAGGCAUUCCUUUUAGUAAGCUAUGAAGGCAUUGAAUUAUCUGCUGAAGAUAAACCGUGCAACUUAUUGAACGGAUGUGCUUCUUUCAAGUUCAAAUUAUCUCAGCUUUCUUCCAAGAGUGAUAAGAGGUUGUUCUGCAUCAAAUUCGAAAUACCAGAAGUGAAGGCCAAUUAUCCUUUCCUCGAAACUGUCACCAACCAAAUCCGUUGCAUUUCGAGAAACCGUGAUUCUGUUUCCUCUAUGAAACGGAUCAGAUUAGGAGAAGAAAAGGUUUCUGAGAGUAAGAUUGUGAAUGGAAAUGGUACGAGUAUGGAAUGGAGGCCUCAGAACCACGAAGAAGAUAACUCUUCAACUGAUUCCGAAAACACUGAAAUGAGAGACUCGACUGCUUUCAGGAGAUAUUCAAUCCCAGACUGGAUUAUUUUCAAAUACUGCCUUGGAAACUUAACAGAGAGAGCUCUUCUUCUGAAGGAAAUCACAAACAAUUCAUCAGACGAAGAAGUCUCGGAAUUUGCAGAUCAAGUUUCUCUCUAUUCCGGAUGCUCCCACCACGGCUAUCAAAUCAAAAUGGCAAGAAAACUGAUAGCAGAAGGAACAAAUGCGUGGAAUCUGAUCUCUCGGAACUAUCGACAUGUUCAUUGGGACAAUGUGGUAAUUGAGAUUGAAGAACAUUUCAUGAGAAUAGCUAAAUGCAGCAGUAGAUCUCUCACUCACCAGGAUUUUGACCUUCUAAGAAGGAUAUGUGGAUGCUAUGAAUACAUAACUCAAGAGAAUUUUGAGACAAUGUGGUGUUGGUUGUUCCCUGUUGCUUCGGCUGUAUCAAGGGGGUUGAUUAAUGGAAUGUGGCGCUCUGCUUCGCCUAAAUGGAUAGAAGGGUUUGUGACUAAAGAAGAGGCAGAACGUUCGCUUCAGAAUCAAGUACCGGGCACUUUCAUUCUCAGGUUCCCUACUUCAAGAAGCUGGCCACAUCCUGACGCUGGUUCCGUGGUUGUGACUUAUGUCGGCCAUGAUUUAGUUAUUCAUCAUAGAUUACUCACAAUCAACCACAUCUGCGAGUAAGUAAACCUCUUUAUCUCCUUUUUUUUUCCCCUCAGUGUCUGUCUUGUGACAAUUGUUUUUGUUUUUAGUUCUAGUGAAAGGUAUACAGAUGCAAAACAGUUGCAAGAUAUGCUUUUGGCGGAACCUGAGCUAUCUCGGCUUGGAAGGAUUAUAAGAGGCAUCUGAAUCUAAUCAACAGACUCAACUCAACAAAGUAGAGAAGCAUCGACUGUUAUUGAGGUUUAUUGUACAGAUAGAUUUGCUAAGUCUAAGUAUUAACUGAUACUAACUUUUGUAAAGCUCAGUGAUUUAAAUUAGGUGGAAAGGAUUUUUAUUGUAAGACUUAAGUAUAUUUGUUUAUCUAAAAUCAAUUACCGACAAGAAAGAAAGGAGUUG